GGGGGUCAUUUGCCACAUCCUCUCAAAUAGCUACGAACUCACCAGAGGAUGGAAACCAGAAGCCUCCUUGCCGGCCCUGUUUAUUCAAUCUGAAAUCCGAUUGGUCCCGAUUAUUUAAAGAAAACGAGCGAGAGCGAAUCGGAACAUUUCGCGUCGACAAUGCCGAGUCUUGAUUCUGACAUUCUCUUGUUUGGCCACCCAAAAAAAAAUAAUUGAUAAGACGAGACUGUCGGAAAAAUAAAGUAAUACCGAGUGACUUUGAAAUGCUUUUGAUCGCGUUUUCAGGGGGUUGGCCUUUGGCCUUUGACCUUUGACCUUUGUAUAAUAGACAAGCUCCUUACGCAAGCGCUCACCAAGGAUGUUGAUAUGAUUGCAUGCGUUUUACGUGUUUUUUAAGGAAAAUGGCAAACGGGUCGGACGCCAACGCCUCAGCCUGGCCCCGCCCCUCGGUCAACACCUCCUGGCAGUCCGCCGCCCAGGUGCUUCUGGUGACGGCGGCGACGGUGGCGCUGAGCGGCGUCACCGUUCUGGGUAACUCGCUGGUUCUCCUCUCCGUCAAGGUCAACCGCCGCCUGCGUAGCGUCAACAACUACUUUUUGCUGAGCCUGGCCACCGCCGACCUCCUGGCGGGCGCCGUCUCCGUCAACGUGUACGCGCUCUACGCCGCGUGCGGCUCCUGGCCGCUGGGCCCCGCCCUCUGCGACCUCUGGCUGGUGGUGGACCACGGCGUGAGCGCCGCCGCCGUCCUGAACCUGCUGCUCAUCAGUUUGGACCGCUUCUUCUGCCUGACCCGGCCGCUCAGCUACCCGCUGCGGCGCACGGGCAAGAUGGCCGCCCUGAUGAUCGCGCUGGCUUGGCUGCUGUCCUUCGCCCUGUGGACGCCCGCCAUCCUGUGCUGGCAGAGAGCCGGCGGCCGGCGCCUGGUCCCCGAACCCGAGUGUUACCCGCGCUUGCUCGCCAGCCCCGCCGUCACUCUCGGGACCACCCUGCCCGCCUUCUUCCUGCCCGGCUUGGCCAUGGUGGGCCUGUACGGACACGUAUCCGCCGCCAGCCGCCGGCGGCUGAGUGGGCGUCGCCGGCCGUCGGGGGACCGGCUCGGGACAUGCGCUCCUUCCCUAUCCGCCUCCCCUGCGCCGUCGUCCGCCCGGCGUCGAGUCGCAGUCAGGGAGAAGCGGGUGACGCGCACCAUUCUCACCAUCCUUCUGACCUUCAUCCUGACCCGGGCGCCGCACAACGCCAUGGCGCUGGUGGCCGCUUUCAGUCACGUGCGCAUCCCGGACGUCCUGUGGCAGGCGGGCCUGUGGCUGGUUUACGUCAACAGCGCCGUGGACCCCGCUUGCUACGCCCUUUGCAGCCCCACCUUCAGGAGCACCUUCCGCCGCCUGCUGCUGUGCCGCCGCCCCGACCCGCCCGUGUAAAGGUCAACGGGG